AGCUGCGCAGUAGAGUGCUCCGGGUCACCAGUGUGUGGACGAGCACCUGUACGCGAGCCUCUGGAAACCCUCUCCUUUUGGACCUCUUCCGUCAACUUCAUUCACCUCACGUCACCUUCCGCGCAUCCAAGAGACGAUCACGAUGGCCAGCCAAGUCCGCCAGAACUACCAUGAGGAUUGUGAAGCCUCUAUUAACAAGCAGAUCAACAUGGAACUUUACGCCAGCUACGUUUACCUUUCAAUGGCUUACUACUUUGAACGUGACGAUGUAGCUCUGCCUGGUUUCGCCAAGUUCUUCAAGGAAUCAAGCGAUGAGGAAAGGGAACAUGCCCAGAUUUUCAUGAAGUACCAGAACAAGCGAGGUGGCCGGAUCGUUCUCCAGCAGAUUGCAGCUCCUUCCAUGCAAGAAUGGGGCACUGGUCUGGAAGCCCUUCAGGCUGCUCUUGAUCUGGAGAAGCAGGUCAAUCAGUCUCUCCUGGAACUCCAUGGCACUGCAAGUGGCAACAAUGAUCCUCAUCUCACCAAACUUCUUGAAGAUGAGUAUCUGGAGGAACAGGUGGAUUCCAUCAAGAAGAUUGGUGACAUGAUCACCAAGCUGAAGCGUGCUGGCCCAGCAGGUCUUGGAGAGUUCAUGUUUGAUAAGGAGCUCCAGUAAAUCCAUGGAAAUUUUGAAAAUCAAGCCCUAUUCUUAUGUAAAUUUAGGAAAUGUGUUAUCAGUGACAAAAAGGAAAAGAAAGUUAAACCGUACAUUACCACUGCUUUUUUACACCUGAAGCAUCACAAAGGUUACAUUGUAUUUUGGAUAGUAUGACAUUGCACACCAAUCAGUAACAUCAGUUGUAUGUACAAAUGGUGCUUUAUUAGUGUAAGACACUUCCAUCCAAAUUCUGUAAUUUUGGUUGAGCUUGGUAAAUGGAUUAAUAGUCUGGUAAACAACCCGAAGCAAUUAGAAUGGAAAUUGAGAUUUAAUAGUUAUAUUUGAUUUGUGGAACACCAUCCAUGUUGAUUAAUGUAAUUCAUAUAGAUCAGAAUUAGUGCAACCGUGUUAGAUCCUUUGACAACAAAUAUAGGUAUGUUAAUAUUCUUAUCCAGGGUAAUUUAUUGGUUGUAAAUCUUGCAUUUAAUUUGCUUGUUUAGUAACAACUUUGCAUCUGGUGUUGGCUUCUGGAAACUGGAUGUUUCAUCACUCAUUUUAUCAUUACAUUAAAGGGUCACCAACUACAAA